CCACAGCUUCCUGUCGCACGCGGGUGGUGAGAAGGAGAGGCAGACGGGGAGCAAGAAAGGGGCAGGUACAGCUGGGCACAGGGAUCGCGCAGCUGGUAGCUGGGGCCUGGGCCCCAGCCCUGCCUCUGGGACUCACCUCUACUCAGUCCAGCAAGAGAGUGGAGCCACCAAGCCUGAAAGCACGCAGCAGCAGCUGCUGCCGGAUCCCGGGCUGGGGCCCGCUUGGUCCCAUACCCCUGCUGCCACUCUGCCUCGAGGGGCUGCAGUGCAGCAGGGCCUGGGGCAGGUGCUCUGCAGAUGGAAGCAGACUCCCUGAGCCCGGUGGGGCUGGGCCUCCUGCUGCUGCCCUUCUUGGUCACGCUCCUGGCUGCCCUGUGUGUGCGCUGCCGCGAGCUGCCAGCCUCCUAUGACAGUGCUUCCACAGAGAGUUUGUACCCAAGGAGCAUCCUCAUCAAACCACCUCAAAUAACCGUCCCCCGAACACCUGCUACUUCCUACCCUCUUGUCACUUCCUUCCCACCCCUGAGGCAGCCAGACCUGCUCCCCAUUCCGAGAUCCCCACAGCCCCUUGCGGGUUCCCAUCGGAUGCCAUCUUCCCGGCAGAAUUCAGAUGAUGUCAACAGUGUGGCGAGCUACGAGAACCAGGAGCCAGCCUGUAAGAAUGUGGAAGAAGAUGAGGGUUACCUAGAGGUGCUGCCUGACAGUAGUCCUGCUGCUGGCCCUGUUGUCUCCUCUGCCCCUGUGCCCAGCAAUCCUGACCUUGGAGACAGCGCCUUCUCUAUGGAGUUGUGCGAAGAUUACGUGAACGUCCCUGAGAGUGAGGAGAGCGCAGAGGCAUCUCUGGAUGGGAGCCGGGAGUAUGUGAAUGUAUCUCAGGAGCCGCAGCCGGUGACCAGGGUUGAGCUGGCAUCUGUGAACUCACAGGAGGUGGAAGAUGAAGGAGAAGAGGAGGGGGUGGAUGGAGAGGAAGCCCCCGACUAUGAGAAUCUGCAGGAACUUAACUGAAAACCCGCUCGCUGUGUUUCAGCUGCAGCUGUCUGUGCUGGAACUGGACUUGCUGGGGUGUCGCUAAGGGAGUUCCACUUGACCUCCGCCUUGCCUACAGCCUGAGAAUCUUCCCUAACUUAUUGUCAAUUUGGAGUCAAGUUUGUGUCCCAGUAUUCUGCACCUUCUGAUGAAGCCCGAGAACGAAUCUAGUUCCAGCCAGACUAUGUCACAAAAUAAAGGCCGUGUGGCUCAAAGUC